AUGGUGAAGGCAUUAGACGAAGGUCAAACAGAAGGCAUGGAUGAAACAAGUUGGAAGGAAUUGGAAGCAAAGGUUGUGUCGAGUAUCAAACUUUGUUUGGCUAAUGACAUGUUGUAUCGCAUCAUGGAUGAGGACUCUCCAGUGGAAGUUGAUGUGAAGUUUGAGGAAAAAGACAAGGCAUUGACGCUAUUAAAUUCCCUACCUGUGUCUCAUAUUUCCUCUUGUACUGCUGAUCCUAUAGAUGUCAGUUCAGCUUCUGCCAGUGAUGAUGGGAGUGAUGACAAGGACUCCAUGGACGGAUGUGAGGAUGAUGAUAAGGAAGGCAUGGAAAAAGAGUAUGGUUCAGAAGAAGAAGAAGAAGAAGAAGAAGAAGAAGAGGAUGAAAGCAGUAGAUGA